AUGUGCCUGUUGGCAACCUCUCCAUGGCACCCUGUGCAGAUCGUCCGGGAGAUUCCCGACAGCGACGCCAUCACAAGGGCAGAUGCCCAGUCGAUCCAGGCCCUGGAGCCUUUGAUAGAGUCUCGCAGCGAGCUUGUGGCCAUUGCACUCUGGCUGAUGCGCCAGGAGGCAUCGGCUGUGGAGACGCUGGCCAGGCCGGGCGAGGGACGCGCCAGCAGCCCCCUGCUCUGGUCGCAACAGCGGCUGGAUGAGCUCUUGCAGGGCUCGCCGGUGAGAGACAUGGUCGUGGAGAGGAAGCAGGCCCUGAUCGCUGAGUGGGCAGACAUCUCAAAGUUGAUCAGUGAGCAUGACCCAGCGGCCUUCCCUCCAGAUAAAUUCAGCGAGGCCAAGUUCAUCGAAGCCAUGGCGGCGACGCUGCGCAGUGUCUUCUACCUCCAGAGCGCAGAGUGCUUUGCGCUGCUGCCACAGCUUCGCGACUGGGACCGGUCUGGGGAGAAGGGGGCGGUCGUGGACUACGACUCCCUUUCCUCGUCGGUAAUAGUACGGGCCGACACCGGCAUCAAGAGGGGCCAGGACCUGGUCCUGAGGGACGAGCGACCCUCUUGCGAGCUCAUGUUUGCGCUGGGCGGGGGCACCGCCGGGCAGGAUGUCGACUUCCUCGAGGUGCCGGCCUCGCUGGUCAUCACAGACCGCCUGUAUGGCUUGAAGAAGGAGAUCCUGGACUCCGUGGGGCUGGGAGUUAAGCAGAUGUUCCCAAUACGACAUGACUCACUCUCCGUGCAACACCUGGCCUACCUCCGCCUGUCUCGGAUCCAGGACACCGCGCAGUUUGCCAAGGUAAAUUUUGAGCGCGACGUGAUCAUAUCUGUGGAGAAUGAGUAUGAGAUCCUGCAGCUUCUCAUGUCCGACCUGAGAGCCAGGGUUCAAGGGUACAGCGGCGGAAUCGAGGAGGACAUCAGCAUCCUUCAGCGGGGCGAUGCAGCGCCCGAGGAGAAGGCGGCAGCCAAGCAACGCAUCGCCGAGCGCAAGAUUCUGCUUACCAAUAUGGAUGGCGUUCGACAGCGCCUCGCCCCCAUCAGAGGCAUCCCGACAAAGGCGGGAAUGCAGGAUCCCAACUCUGACAUCAAGGAGAUUUUUGAUGCCAUGGAGUCCAUUCCCGCCCUGCCUAGCAAGCUGUUCAACAGGCUGAGGGACUGGGCCACGGGGAAGGAUGAUCCCACGUGGAAGAAGUAG